CAGAAUUAGCAGGCUUCUCAGGAUGGAUGUCACUCGCAUACUCCUGGCCACUCUAGUGGGCUUCCUAUGCUUCCUUGCUGCCUACGGCCACCUGGUACCCGAGGAGACGCUCAGAGAUGACAGGAGUCUGGAGAGCAACUCCUCCGUGGAUUUCUCUUCUGUUUCUAUUGUGGCACUGAACAAGAAAUCCAAGAAGAUCAGCAGACAGGAAGCCGAGAAGCAGAAGAGAUCAUCGUCUAAGACAAAGGCUCCGAUGAAGAAGGUGGCACGGCCCCCGCCACCCACACCCUGCGUGGCCACCCGGGACAGCUGCAAGCCGCCUGCGCCCGCCUGCUGCGACCCGUGCGCCUCCUGCCAGUGCCGCUUCUUCCGCAGCGUCUGCUCCUGCCGCGUACUCAACCCCAACUGCUGACUCCGCUUACGCGAUGCGCGCGCAGCUUCCGGGAUGGG